AUGAAACGACAACUAGCACAAAAGGCUGCUGCCAGCACUUUAAAGAAAAAGCUCAAACAAGGAUCAUCUGCAUCGUCAUCAUCUUCGGAACAACAAUCAUCUGUUGUUAGUGGAGCAGAAAAGAAGAUGGUGGAAAUUUCUUGGUUUGAUGUGCCAUUGAUCAAUGAAGUAGAACUCGCCGAAGAUGAAUCGGAAACAAUGCCAUUCAUGCUUCCAAAGGUGGUCAUUCAAACAGAGAAACUACCAUUAAAUUCAAUUCCAAAAGAUGGACUUGAAAUUCUUAAAAAACCAAAAUCAAAACAUUCCAAAGAACAAGGAAAGCAAAUGGUAGAUUGGAUAUUUGCUCCCAUCAAUGCAGAGCAGCUUUAUGAAGAAUAUUUUGAAAAGAGAGUCUUGGUCAUUAAGAGAAAUCAUUUGUAUGCUGAUUAUUAUCGCUCGCUCUACAGCUUGGAUGAAAUUAAGCAAGUCCUUGCGAAUAACAAGUUGAAAUAUUCGUAUGAUUUGGACUUGGCCCUCUAUCGAAAUGGCCGACGUUUCACCUUAAAUCCCAAUAAGGAUGAGAUUGCUGAUCCUGAUCUUGUUUGGGAUUUAUAUGAGAAUAUGAAGUGUUCUGUAAGAAUGUUAAGACCACAAGAGCAAUCGGACGUAUUGUUAAGUUUACUAUGCCAUUUUGAAGAAUAUUUUGGUCAAGGAGCAGGUCUAAAUGCGUAUUUAACUCCAGCUGGUAGUCAAGGAUUUGCUCCACACUAUGAUGACAUUGAAGCAAUAUUAAUUCAGUUGGAGGGAGUCAAGCACUGGAAGAUUUAUAGACCUCUCAAUAAUGAACAGUUUUUAUCAAGAUUUAGCUCUAAAAAUUUUACUCAAGAAGAAGUGAAAGAUUUUGAAUGUUUUGAAGUUGUGUUAAAACCUGGUGAUUUGUUAUAUAUUCCAAAAGGCAUUAUCCAUCAAGCUGUAACUUCUGAAACAGAACACUCUCUUCAUGUGACCAUUUCUACUUCUCAUUUGAUGAGUUGGUGUGAUUACUUUGAAAAAGCGCUUCCCAUGGCCCUUAGUGUCGCCACCGCGAACCAUGUGGAAUUCAGAAAGGCGUUACCCAAAGAUUUCAAAGAGUACAUGGGAACAAAUAUUGCAGAAUCUGAUGAUCCUAGAAGAGACGGGUUUAUCGAGACUUGUAGUAAUUUAACAAAUAUCAUUUCUCAAUAUUUACCAAUUGAUCAAGCUGCAGACGAGAUGGUAAAGAAGUUCAUGCAUGACCGACACGUUGUCGAUGGCUUGACAAUACUAAACACCAAGAAGAAUGCAAUGUUGGAUGAAAACACUGACAUACUCUCUCUUUCUAUCAAACUCAAGACAGCCAAUUGCGCUCACAUUGUUAUCGAUGAUUUAUCUAAAACUGAACAAGGAAAAGAAACUGAAAGCAAGGAGGAGGAGCAAGAGUCAGAACAAGACGCCAAUGAUGAUGACGACGAUGUAUUUUCCAUCAUUUAUGCCACUCAAAAUACUCGUAUUUAUCAUGAAGUAGAGCUACAACAUUUAGAUUUGGAUGGUAUCUUUUUAGAAGCAAUGCAACUCAUCUUUUCGAGCUAUCCUUCAAGCGUUCCCGUGUCCGAAUUACCAAACCUUACGGAUGACGAAAAAGUUACAUUAGUCCAACAAUUGCUUAAUGAGGGCAUUGUUGAAACAGAAAUGACAUCACCAUAA